AUGAAUAAGCUUACACCUGAGCGGCAGCUCAUCCAUGCAGGCCCCAGUUGUGUGGCAACCAAGGCUGCAGGUGUUAAAAAGGCUUUGACUAAGGGUGGUCGCCUUCGGAACUGGAAGCACUCGCUGACGCUUAGAGAGAAGCGGGGUAGCGAUGGGAUUGCUUCCUUUUCCGCUAGAAGGCAGCACCGGAACUUAACUGCCCCCGUUACAGAUACAGAAUCUUUCCCGGAAGCCUCUGGUGGAGCCUCUCCUGGACCCGAAGGCCUAACAGGCUCUCGACCACGCGCAUCCAGCCUCGAGGUAGGCCGCUCCGCCUUGCAAGAAGAGCAACAAAGCAAAAUCUCCAAACCCCCAACUCCGAGUCGACCCCCCUUUGAAUAUACUGAUAAUCCCGAAGAAAGCGACACCGAAAGCGACACAACUAUCCUCGAUGAACCCGACACCCCCCAAUCAGCAAAGGCUCGUUCAAAGGCUCCUGCGACCCCUCAAAAGGCUCAAAAGGCUUCAGCCGAUUCACCAAGCGACGCCGAAAGCGACACAACUAUCCACGACGAACCCGAUGAACCCCAAUCAGCAAAGGCUCGUUCAAAGGCUCCUGCGACCCCUGAAAAGGCUCAAAAGGCUUCAGCCGAUUCACCAAGCAUGCCACCACGCAGGGGAAGAGCCUCAGCUGCCUAUAAGAUUACCAGUAUUGAACAGAUGAGGGAGAUUCUGCAACUUACCGGAAGAGAUGAUGUCUACAGGGCUCUCCGUACUGCGCUCAGUGACGAGAUGACAAGAAUUGGCUGA